AUGACCCUGUCUGAUUCUGCGUCAGCUCUCUGGUCCUCCACGCUCCCAGCUCUGGAGGAGCCGCCGUGCCUCCCUGGUCCUCCACGCUCCCAGCUCUGGAGGAGCCGCCGUGCCUCCCUGGUCCUCCACGCUCCCAGCUCUGGAGGAGCCGGCGUGCCUCUCAGGUCCUCCACGCUCCCAGCUCUGGAGGAGCCGCCGUGCCUCUCAGCGCUGGCGUUUAAACAAGGCCCAUCCCAGGCCAGCAGUCUAGAGGCCCAGCCGCCCAAACAGCCUUGCUUUGUUGAGGUGUUCAACAGAGCCAGGGCGACCAGGCGACCUCCCCGCUCCCCCUGCCGGGGCGACCAGGCGACCUCCCCGCGGCACAGGGCCGGGGCGACCAGGCGACCUCCCCGCUCCCCCUGGCACAGGGCCGGGGCGACCAGGCGACCUCCCCGCUCCCCCUGGCAUAGGGCCGGGGCGACCAGGCGACCUCCCCGCUCCCCCUGGCACAGGGCCGGGGCGACCAGGCGACCUCCCCGCUCCCCCUGGCACAGGGCCGGGGCGACCAGGCGACCUCCCCCGCUCCCCCUGGCACAGAGCCGGGGCGACCAGGCGACCUCCCCCGCUCCCCCUGGCACAGGGCCGGGGCGACCAGGCGACCUCCCCGCUCCCCCUGGCACAGGGCCGGGGCGACCAGGCGACCUCCCCCGCUCCCCCUGCCUGGGCGACCAGGCGACCUCCCCGCUCCCCCUGGCACAGGGCCGGGGCGACCAGGCGACCUCCCCCGCUCCCCCUGGCACAGGGCCGGGGCGACCAGGCGACCUCCCCCGCUCCCCCUGGCACAGGGCCGGGGCGACCAGGCGACCUCCCCCGCUCCCCCUGGCACAGGGCCGGGGCGACCAGGCGACCUCCCCGCUCCCCCUGGCACAGGGCCGGGGCGACCAGGCGACCUCCCCCGCUCCCCCUGGCACAGGGCCGGGGCGACCAGGCGACCUCCCCCGCUCCCCCUGGCACAGGGCCGGGGCGACCAGGCGACCUCCCCCGCUCCCCCUGGCACAGGGCCGGGGCGACCAGGCGACCUCCCCCGCUCCCCCUGGCACAGGGCCGGGGCGACCAG